AUGGCGGAUGGAUUUCGCCGUCCGGACCCUGUUAUGUUUGAAGGAAACGUCGCGGAGAGCUGGCGGAUCUUUGAGAGGGAAUAUGAAAUCUUCAUCGCCGCAGCGCACCCAGACAAGGCUGCCAGGACUAAGGCUUACAUCCUCCUCAAUCUUGCUGGACCAGAAGCCAUUGAACGUGAACGAUCCUUUGUGUAUGCAGCUGAAGUGCGCGCGCCAGGCCCCGACGGUGCAGUGAUCUCCCCAGCUGAAUCAAGGGAGGACCCGGACUGUUUGAUAAGGAAAUUCAGAGAAAUAUGCAACCCUCGACAUAACAAAAUAAUGGAAAGGCACAGGUUUCAUUCAAGAAAUCAGAAGCAAGAAACGUUCACACAAGUGACCAAUGGCGAGCAACUUGUGAAGCAAGAGACUGCUAUAUACCUUGUUGCUUAUGGAGGAAGCAGGAUUGAGACCAAAGGCCUGGCCACACUGCCUUGCUGCUUAAAGGAGCAGCACCAUUCGUUGCCUUUCUUCAUAGUGAACAAAGAUGUGCAGCCACUACUGGGAUUCCGGGCAUGCGUGGACAUGGGAAUUGUCACAUUGAGCAAAGAUGUCCACCAGAUCACUACGGAAAGCAACACGGAUUUCACCACACAGACACUCAUGCAGUACAAAGACCUGUUUGAUGAUGAACUUGGAGAACUACCAAUCACUUACUCCAUGACAGUUGAUCCUAGUGUACAACCUGUGGUUAGACCUGCCCACCGCAUUCCUAUUGCAAUGCAAGACCGAGUUAAAGCUGAACUUAACCGCAUGCAAAACAUAGGUGUCAUUAUACCAGUUACUGAGCCCACAGACUGGGUCUCAUCUAUGGUGGCAGCACACAAAAAAGACAAGCAGGAAAUAAGACUGUGUAUCAAUCCACAAGACCUCAACACAGCGCUGAAAAGACCACAUCACCCUAUGAGAACAGUAGAAGAAGUUGCAGCACAGAUGUCAGGAGCAAAAGUGUUUUCUGUGCUAGAUGCUAAAAGCUCCUUCUGGCAGAUACGUCUCGACAACAUGUUGACAACCUUCAGUACUCCAUUUGGGCGGUACAGAUUCCUAAGGAUGCCCUUCGGCAUUAGCUCUGCUAGUGAGGUAUUUCAACGCUCGAUGGAACAGCUAUUUGCAGGUUACCCAUGUUCUGUCAUCGUUGACGACAUCAUCAUUGGUGGCCGCGGAGUUACUGAGCAUGAUGCCAAUCUCAAGAAGGUGCUGGAACGAGUGAGAGAAGUCAACCUAAAGCUGAAUCCAGCCAAGUGCAAGUUUCGCCUGGAUCAUGUAGGAUAUGUAGGUCACAUUUUCACAAGUGAAGGCCUAAAGGCAGACCCUUCUAAGACAGAUGCAAUCACUAACAUGCCAGUCCCCACAGACGUUGUCUCACUACAACGUUUCCUCGGUAUGGUUAACUACCUCGGCAAGUUCAUCCCGAACUUCAGCGACAUCGCAGCACCACUGAGAAAACUCAUCCACAAGGACACUGCAUGGUGUUGGUUCCAGCAAGCAUCUAGUGAGGUAUUUCAACGCUCGAUGGAACAGCUGUUUGCAGGUUACCCAUGUUCUGUCAUCUUUGACGACAUCAUCAUUGGUGGCCGCGGAGCAUUAUGCCAACCUCAAGAAGGUGCUGGAACGAACUAUGUGUAUGGAAAGCCUGUAGUGGUGGAGACUGACCACCAACCUUUAGUGACUAUCUUAAAGAAGCCCAUCCACACAGCCCCUGCCCAUCUGCAGAGAAUGUUGCUCCGGCUGCAGAGCUACGACAUCAGUUUGGUGUACAAAAAGGGCAAGUAUAUGUAUGUAGCAGACACACUUUCACGUGCCCCAACCACACAAACAUCUCAAAGCCCUGCUGAAAAUGAUGCUUAUGAAGUUAUGUCUGUGAGCUACAUCUCCACAGCCCGCCUGGAAGAACUCAGAAAGCACACAGCAGAGGACGAAGAUCUGCAAGCCCUCAGUGCAGUCAUUAAUAGAGGAUGGCCCAUCCGACAGAAUCAGCUCCAACCUGCUGUCCGUCUCUUCUUUCCCUACAGAGAUGAAAUGACAGUAGAAGAGGGAAUUGUCAUGAAAGGCCACAAAACUGUCAUUCCUCAGUCCCUGCACAGAGAGUACAUCAAAAUAGUGCACAGAGGACACCCCGGCAUUGAAGCAACCAAAUACACAGAGCAAGAAGCAUCAUCUUUUAGCCAGAAAUGUCUAGAGACAUCACUGAGGAGUUGCUUUCAUGUGCGGUGUGCAACAGCACCAGAUCCCUUCAGCAAAAGGAGCCCCUCCAGCUUAAUCCUGUGCCAGAUCUCCCAUGGUCCACAUUGGCAACAGACAUCUUCGAGUGGCAUGGAAAACGGCUCUCCAGCUGAACGCCUGAUGUCGCGACAAACACGUGCAGCCAUCCCUGUGAGCAUCAAACUGUUACAGCCAAACCCAAAAGAUGCACAACUAAUCAGAACACAACUCCUCAACAAGCGGCUCAUCCUAAAGCGCCACUAUGACAUCUCAAGUUCUCCUCUAAAAACCCUGGCAGAGGGACAAGUGAUCAGGAUGCAGACCCCAAAAGGAUACGAUCGGCUUGGCGUUGUCAAGGAUUACACACCUCAAACUGAUAGAUACGUCCAGCAGCUGCUGGUGGUUAAAGAAGAGGUUCCCCCUGAGCAGCAGAAGUGGAGCUCCAGUCUGGACCAGGAGGACCCAGAGCCCCCCCCACACAUUAAAGAGGAGCAGGAGGAACACUGGAGCAGUCAGGAGGGAGAGCAGCUUCUAGGUCUGGAGGAGGCUGAUAUCACCAAGUCCACAUUCACUCCUGUCCCUGUGAAGAGUGAAGAUGAUGAAGAGAAACCUCAGUCCUCUCAGCUUCAUCAAAGAGAAACUGAACACCUGGAAACAGAAGCUGAUGGAGAGGACUGUGGAGGACCAGAACCAGCCAGGAACUCCGAUCCAGAGAGACGUUUACAACCUGAGACUGAGGCAAACCCAGGAGACUCUUCUGAACCCGACACUGAAGACAGUGGAGAUUGGAAGGAGACCAGAGAACCAGGAUCUAACUCUCAAGAAAAUAAACAAGACCCUGUCAGUGAUUCAAGACCUAGUGCAGGAGAGAAACUAUUCUGCUGCUCAGUCUGUAAGAAAGCUUUUACACAGAGAGGACGUUUAAAGGACCACAUGAGAAUCCAUACAGGAGAGAAACCAUUCAGCUGCUUCGUCUGUACUCAGUGUUUUACACGAAGAGGAAGUUUAAAGGACCACAUGAGAAUCCAUACUGGAGAGAAAGCAUUCAGCUGCUCAGUCUGUGAGAAAUAUUUUUCAGGGAGAGGAAAUUUAAAUCGGCACAUGGCAAUACACACAGGGGAG